AUGCCUACAGCAGAUUCAGGUUCGGGAAAGAGCCCCGCCCGCCACCUGGCUUACAACAUCUACCUUUACAAGAAGCCCGACAUGGGGGAGGAUGCUCAUCACCACCACGUUGAGCACGUCAACAGCCCCAUCAUCACGUCGAUCCUGAAAAGAUACGGCGCAAUAUCGUACAGCGUGACGCACAACGACUCUGCGUCCAAGACAAAUUUCAAACGCUUGUUUCCCGAUGCACCCGAGACUGUGCUUCUGGAUUACGACAGCGUCAUUUCUAUAAUCGUCCCCGACGUCGAGUGUAUUGAAAAGAUGCGCGAGGAUCCCGAAUUCAUGAGCAAGUUCAUUCCGGACCACUUCAACUUUGCCGACAUGAGCCGAAGCCGGUAG